AUGAUAGCGGUAAGAUCCAUAUUCGAGGUUCGGUACCCUCGCCUCGAGUUGCCUGACUUCUCAUCCCGACUCCAUUAUAGCGGCAAGCUCCGCAUGCGAGCUUCUCAGCCUGGCUCCAUUAUAGCGGCAAGCUUUGCAUGCGAGGUUCAGCACCCUCAUCAUGAAUCGUCUAGCUUCUCAGGACGACUCCAUCAUAGCGGCAAGCUCCGCAUAUUAUCACAACAACAUCCCGACUACCUACAACCCCUCAACAUCUUCGUUGCAUUGCCCUCAAUAGUUCCUUGCUACGCUUGCCCUACCUAUAGCCUCACUGCUUAUACCUCAGCAUCUCGGUUACCUGGAUCUCGGAAACGGUCUCGCUAUGCAACCUUAACCUAUAGCCUCACUGCUUAUCCCGCAACGAUUCCAUUGUCUGGCUAUUAA